UUGCGCUCCCAGCGUUGGGUCAAUGCGCGUGUCACCUGCGAGUCCCAGGUGAAUUUCUCGGGCCGCCAGGUGCGCGAUGAGGGCUGCAGGGAGCUCGGAGUGCAGGAAGCUCGUGGUGAAGGAUGAAGGCUGCUCAGGUCGUGGAGGUUUUUACAUCAAUUUAUUAUUAUUUUUAGGUUUUUAGGGCAACCCAGAGGUGUAAUGCCGUGUCGCUGGAGUAGGUGUCCGGACAGGUUUUACCUGUACCUCAGUGCCAAGAAUGUGCUCACUCGGUUUCAACUCAGGACCCGAUUAACAGGAUUGGGGUCUUUUUUUUCUUUUCAUAUAAUCCAUGUGUGUCUCCUACCACCCUGACAUAAAGCUACCUGAAACACACACACUCAUACACACACACACACACACACACACACACACACACACACACACUCAAGGUGAAGGUGAUGGACACGUUCCUCAGAGGCAUCCUGUCCAACGAGAAAAUGGCAGGUGUGUUUUCUUACGAGAGUUCUGAAGUAGACUGGUGUGAGGACAACUACAAGCACUCAGAGAAUAUUGUUGAAUACUUCAACACGAUGAGCAGCUUCAUCUUCUUCGUGGUGGCUCCUAUCAUGCUCUACCUGCUGCACCCCUAUGCUCGGGAGAGGAACCUGGCAGUGCACCUGGUGUGGCUCAUGAUGAUCUUCGUGGGUCUGUUCUCCAUGUAUUUCCACAUGACCCUGAGCUUCAUGGGGCAGAUGCUGGACGAGCUCUCCAUCCUCUGGGUUUUGGCCAUCGGCUACUCACUCUGGUUUCCACGCAAACAUUUUCCCUACUUUGUUAAAGACAGGACCUCGUUUUCUCGCAUUGUCUUGGUGAGCACCAUCUUUACCACACUGUUGUCAUUUGUCAAGCCCACCGCCAAUGCCUAUGCCCUCAACUUCUUCGCCCUGCACAUCCUCUAUUCUUUGUCUUUGCAGCUAAAGAGUUGUACUGAUCAGCGUGUUCUGCGUUUGGCACGUGUCUCCAUCGGUCUAUGGGUGCUCGCCAUCUCCUGCUGGAUCAGUGACCGCUUUGGCUGCAGCUUUUGGCAAAAACUUGACUUCUGCUACUUGCAUGGCAUCUGGCACAUCCUGAUUGUGGUCUCUACGGCGUACGGAAGCACGCUGAUCGCCUACCUCGACGCCACCAUUGAGAUCCCGCACUCUCACCCUGACCUGCAGUACUGGCCUUGUGAUAACUUAGCUCUCGGGCUGCCUUAUAUCGUCCUCAAGGCCAUGCCCAAGACAAGGAAAAACUGCUAGCUGAGAAAGAGAGAGAA